UUGCUUUUGAUAAUUGAUCGGAUUUUUUGUUUGUAUGUUUGUUUUAUGCGAUUUGGUGUUUAUACACAUACACACAAAAAGAGACACGCAAAUAUUUAUUAAAUGGAAUGCUCAAUUGGCAGUGUUAGUGGCUUUGAUAUAUUCUUUUUAUUUUUUUUUUCCCAAAACUCUUGAGAGUAAUAACAUUUUGUUUGGACAUCAUAAUAACUGCAUUUGUCAGUUAUUAUUUUCUUAAAUAUCUAUGUUGUACCUUCAAAUGUAGAUGGGAAGCUUAAGUGUAGUGUGUCUAUUGUGUUUUGAUGUCACAAAGGCCCUUUUUGCUACGUUUUAGAAUUGGGAAUAGAAUCUUAUUUCUGAAAUGGGGUUCCAAGUUCUUGUUUGGUAAACAAAGAAUCCAAAAAUUUAAUAUGUUGAAUUGGUUGAUUGUUGGUAAAAUUAAUAUCUGUCUUUGUUUAUACUUUUCUUUGGAUAAAAUGAAUAAAGGAACAACACAUCGUGGGAAUUCCCUGGCUUUAACAUCACUUAUCAUUCUCAUUUGUUCCCCAAGGUUUACUAAACGUGCCAAAAAGUUUUACACAAAAUCCGCAUGUACAUCUCUAGUUUUUCACGUUAAUUUUGGAAGAAGCAAGGAAGAGCACAAUUAAAGCAAAGGACAAGUUUGCUGAAUAAACUCAGUAUUAGGGCACCCUUCUUGGAGUCCUGGGGUUGGCUUGGAGAUACGCCAUGGCAAUGGAGGUUACCCAGGCUCUUUUGAAUGCACAAUCAGUAGAUGGUAAUGUGCGGAAGCAUGCAGAGGAAAGCUUAAAACAGUUUCAGGAGCAAAAUCUACCUGGUUUUCUGUUAUCGCUAUCUGGGGAGCUAGCUAAUGAUGAUAAGCCCGUUGACAGCCGAAAACUAGCUGGUUUGAUACUGAAGAAUGCCUUGGAUGCCAAGGAACAACAUAGAAAAUAUGAGCUUGUUCAGAGAUGGUUGUCAUUGGAUGCUGCUGCAAAAAGCCAGAUAAAGACAUGCUUGCUAAAGACUCUCUCUUCUUUGGUAUCUGAUGCCCGAUCAACUGCUUCUCAAGUAAUUGCUAAGAUUGCUGGCAUUGAGCUACCACAGAAACAAUGGCCUGAGUUGAUAGGAUCACUUUUGUCUAAUAUUCACCAGCUACCUGCUCAUGUCAAGCAAGCAACAUUAGAGACUCUUGGAUAUUUGUGUGAGGAAGUCUCUCCUGAUGUGGUGGAUCAAGAUCAAGUUAAUAAAAUUCUUACUGCUGUAGUUCAAGGUAUGAAUGCAUCUGAAGCUAGCAUUGAUGUUAGGCUUGCUGCUACCCGAGCACUAUAUAAUGCUCUGGGCUUUGCUCAAGCAAAUUUUAGCAAUGAUAUGGAGCGUGAUUAUAUCAUGAGGGUUGUAUGCGAGGCAACUUUGUCUCCAGAAGUAAAGAUGAGGCAAGCAGCUUUUGAAUGUUUGGUCUCUAUUUCAUCAAUAUACUAUGAGAAAUUAGUUCCUUAUAUGCAAGACAUCUUUACAAUCACAGCAAAGGCUGUGAGGGAAGAUGAGGAACCUGUGGCUCUUCAGGCAAUUGAGUUUUGGAGUUCAAUUUGUGAUGAGGAAAUAGACAUCUUGGAAGAAUACCGGGGUGAUUUCACAGGGGAUUCAGAUAUCCCUUGCUUUUAUUUCAUCAAACAGGCUCUCCCUGCUCUUGUCCCCAUGUUGUUGGAGACCCUUCUUAAGCAAGAAGAGGAUCAGGAUCAGGACGAAGGUGCUUGGAACAUUGCUAUGGCAGGUGGAACAUGCCUAGGCUUGGUUGCACGAACUGUGGGAGAUGAUAUUGUUCCACUUGUUAUGCCAUUCAUUGAAGAAAAUAUUACAAAACCAGAUUGGAGGCAGAGGGAGGCAGCCACAUAUGCGUUUGGCUCAAUCUUGGAGGGUCCAUCACCUGACAAGUUGAUACCUCUUGUUAAUGUUGCUUUAAAUUUCAUGCUUACUGCUUUAACAAAUGACCCAAAUAAUCAUGUAAAAGACACCACUGCUUGGACCUUGGGACGAAUCUUUGAAUUCCUUCAUGGAUCUACUAUUGAUACACCCAUAAUUACUCAAGCGAAUUGCCAACAGAUCAUCACAGUAUUGCUUCAGAGCAUGGGAGAUGCUCCAAAUGUGGCUGAAAAGGCAUGUGGUGCCCUCUAUUUUCUUGCCCAAGGUUAUGAGGAGGCAGGUCCAUCAUCUCCCUUGACACCUUAUUUCCAGGAAAUUGUGCAUGCCCUUCUGACUGUUACUCACAGAGAAGAUGCUGGGGAGUCUCGGUUGAGGACUGCUGCUUAUGAAACACUGAAUGAAGUUGUGAGGUGUUCAACUGAUGAAACAGCACCAAUGGUAUUGCAGCUGGUACCUGUCAUUAUGACUGAGCUUCACAAGACUCUUGAAGGAUUGAAGCUAGCAUCUGAUGAGAGAGAGAAGCAGAGUGAGUUGCAAGGCCUUCUUUGCGGAUGUUUACAAGUCAUCAUUCAGAAAUUAGGUUCAUCAGAACCUACAAAGAUUGUGUUCAUGCAAUAUGCAGACCAGAUAAUGGGGCUUUUCUUGAGGGUUUUUGCUUGCAGAAAUGCAACUGUUCAUGAGGAGGCAAUGCUUGCAAUUGGAGCCCUUGCCUAUGCAACUGGUCCAGAUUUUGUGAAAUACAUGUCAGAGUUUUAUAAAUACUUGGAAAUGGGUCUUCAGAAUUUUGAGGAGUACCAAGUUUGUGCUGUUACAGUUGGUGUUGUGGGGGAUAUCUGCAGGGCAUUGGAGGAUAAAAUUUUGCCAUAUUGUGAUGGGAUUAUGACACAACUUCUCAAGGAUUUAUCCAGCAAUCAGUUACAUCGAUCUGUCAAGCCUCCCAUAUUCUCAUGUUUUGGUGACAUUGCCUUAGCAAUAGGAGAAAAUGUUGAGAAGUACUUGAUGUACGCCAUGCCCAUGCUCCAAAGUGCUGCAGAAUUGUCUGCCCAUACAGCUGGGGCUGAUGAUGAAAUGAUUGAAUAUACGAAUUCACUGAGAAAUGGAAUUUUGGAGGCUUAUUCAGGAAUUCUUCAAGGGUUUAAGAACUCUCCCAAGACCCAACUCUUGAUUCCUUAUGCUCCUCACAUCCUCCAGUUCCUGGAUAGCAUCUACAUGGAAAAAGACAUGGAUGAUUUGGUCAUGAAAACUGCUAUAGGAGUCCUUGGAGAUUUAGCAGAUACACUGGGAAGUAAUGCUGGUUCUUUGAUACAACAAUCUCUUUCUGUCAAAGACUUUUUAAAUGAAUGUUUGUCUUCUGAAGAUCAUAUGAUUAAGGAAUCUGCUGAAUGGGCCAAGUUGGCCGUAAGUCGUGCCAUUUCUAUUUGAGGUUAUUGGUACUCAGCAUUUUUUUUUCUUUACAAGUCCCUGCAUGCAUUUGGGUCUAUUGAGUCCAGGUCUGGGUUGCAUUCGAGUCAGGUCAUCUGCCAUUUUCAGAUAACUGAAGUUAUCGAUCUUCAGGUUGUCACUAACUCUUGCAUCAGCAUCAUGUUUCUGUCAGAGGCAUUGGGCAGUGAUUGCGUUGCAGAUAUGCGUUAAGGCAUCCAUAAAAAGCUUUAAAAAAUUGUUGGCCAUAGAAUACUGAAUUGGUGCAAGUGAGGGAGAGGUUACACUGAUUUGCUGAAUAGAUACAGGUUCGGCAGCAUCUUGUCAGUUGUUUGUUGGUCCUUGUAAUGGUUGAGACCUCUUCUUACCAGAUUACCCAUGCUGUCUUGGUGGUUGUUUCUGAAGUACCUCCAGGUUGUGGGAGUGGAGGACUGCAGUGUCGGUUGAAGUUUUGUGACACUUGAAGACCACCCAAGUGCCACAUUUUAGAAGACCCUCAAGUCAAUACUGAUUUCACCCCUUGUGAUUUUUCAUUUGUUAAUGUCUGUAUUAGUUCAUCAUUAUGUCUGUCAUGGUCAGGUUGUAUUUUAACUAUUGUUUUCCUUUGGCAUACUCAGUUGAGGGUCUAUAACAUAUUAUUGAGGGUGUUGCAUCCUGCAUUGCAUUAUUCAUUUUUCCUUAAUUGUUUUUAUAGAUCUCAAGUCAUUUACUUUGCAUUCAUUAGAUCACAUAAUCUGCCUUUUUUCCCCAAUUUUCUCAGAUGCUAGUCUCUUUCUUUCUUUCUUUCUUCUUUUUUCCCAGAACAUAUAUUUGGUUAAUUUUGGGUUGUAGAGAAUGGUUGUAUUAAGAUGUCAUGAGUUAAUGCAUUAUAAAUGAUUGCAUGAGCAUUUGAGUCUCACAUGCAGCAAAAGGCAAUGCAAUUUUAUUUGUUCUCAUGCUUCAUCUAUGAAGCACUCGAAGUUCUUUGUCCAUCUUUGAGUAUUUUGGCUUAUCUUGGUUUGUAGAGAAUGGUUAAUUUAAACUGUCGUGAACAAUGAUUACAUUACAAGUGAUUGAAUGAAGAUUGAGUCACAUUAUAGUUA